CGGGGCCGCAGCAUGGGGCGCUUCCGCGGGGGCCUGCGGUGCAUCAAGUACCUGCUGCUCGGCUUCAACCUGCUCUUCUGGCUGGCUGGCUCGGCCGUCAUCGCUUUUGGACUAUGGUUUCGGUUCGGAGGCACCAUGAAGGAUUUAUCAUCAGAGGACCAGUCCCCAGAGUAUUUCUACGUGGGACUGUAUGUGCUGGUUGGAGCCGGGGCCCUCAUGAUGGCCGUGGGGUUCUUCGGGUGCUGUGGAGCCAUGCGGGAAUCACAGUGUGUGCUGGGAUCAUUUUUCACCUGCUUACUGGUGAUAUUUGCUGCUGAAGUAACCACUGGAGUAUUUGCUUUUAUAGGCAAGAGUGUAGCUGUACGGCACGUCCAGACCAUAUAUGAAGAGGCGUACAAUGAUUACCUGAGAGACCAGGGAAAGGGCAACAGGACCCUCAUCACCUUCCACUCAACCUUUCAGUGCUGUGGGAAAGAGAGCUCUGAACAGGUCCAGCCCACGUGCCCAAAGGAGCUUCUAGGCCACAAGAACUGCAUUGAUGAAAUUGAAACCAUAAUCAGCAUUAAACUCCAGCUCAUCGGAAUUGUCGGUAUUGGGAUUGCAGGUCUCACGAUCUUUGGCAUGAUAUUCAGCAUGGUCCUGUGCUGUGCAAUACGAAACUCUCGAGACGUGAUAUGACAACACUACUUCCACACAAAAAUCACAACCCAGAGUUUUGCUACAAAUGUCACCAUUGCUGUCUUCCAGCUCAUUUUAAUGUUCGAAGGACUUUAGGAUCUAUAAUAAUUUGCUGUUAACUGUACCUUUGCACAUGUGUGUGUGUGGCUCAGUGCUGGUCUGCCCCUUGAGUGAGUACCCACGUGUGUUGACUAGGAGCAUAUUCAUGUGUGAGCUGAGUGUUUCUGGUAUAUGCAUUAUACACAACAAAAACUGCUUGUUGGGAAUUCCUAAUUCCUGUUAUCUAAGAGGAACAACCUAUUUAACUAGCAGAAAAUGAUAAAAAAAAAAUGCUUUGAGAAACUUUAAAUUCUUGGCUAUUCAGAAAAGUUGAUAACGUGUCAGUUUCUCAGACCGUAGCCUUCAAAGGUUAGAUACAGAGACUCCAGGGAUUUCUGGUUAACAGAGGCAAUAAGCUGCAGCAAUUGGGAGAUGAUUCUAGAUCAAAAUUGCCUGUGUCUGAUUGGGUUUCCUAGAAUGUUUUUAUAUACAUGCUCUCCCUCCCCAGAAUACAAGCAACCAUAGUUUUAGAACUAAACACAUCUGCAAAACUAAAUAUAGCAUGGCAAAUCUAAUUUGAAUAAGUCAUGCUUUCCUAGUAUUUAAACACAAAAACCUCCCUCUGGAAAGAGUAGUCACACAGACAAUCAUGUGCGCUGUAAAAGUGUUUUUAGGACUAAAAAAAACUUUUUAAGGAAAUAUUUUGUUCUGACACAAAGACACGUAAAGAUUGAUUGCUUUAUUACUUUCCUUUUAUGACUCUGCUCUGAACUACUGCAACCCUCACAUCCUCAAAAGGGCUUUUAUCUCAGAUUCUUCUGUUUCCAAGAUGGAAGAGCAGAAAGACUAAAGCAAGAGAUCUAGCAGUUGCAAAUUGCGGGAAAGAGAAUUUUUCCCGACACUGUAUCUUUGAAAUACCUCAUAACUCGAGUUUACAUAUUUUCCUAAUUUUUUCUAUUUUUCCUAUUUAUUCACCUAGAGAGUUCUUCAUACAUUAAGAACUACAGAUUUUGCCACCUACAAUAAUUAAAACCCAGUCCUUCAUAAUUCAAAUAUUAUGAGAAUCCUUGGCCAAAGCAAAAUAAACCAAGAAAAACAUCUCUAAGUCAUAUGCAUGGCACAGACGCAAGUUAAGGAAACAAAAAUACACACACACAACACAACUGUGUUCUUUCUGUGCAAAUCCUCUAUGAAAAUAUAAUUUUCAGAUUCUGCUUUGGUCUUCAUGCUCGAUUUUAAAUAUCUAAACCCAAAUUUAGGAUUUAAAUGAGCAUAUUUAUCAGUACUUUUUAACAACAUGUUACGUUUAAUACAUCGUGGAUUUUUGUAUUGCAUUUAUAAAGGCCACACAGAAGUGGGAGUGUGGAGGACUUGGGAAAUCCCCAAGUGUGCUUCUUCUGCACACGCAAGAACAGGGGUCUCCGGGGAGCGUGACGCUCCUAAGAAACGUGACAGCCGUUUGCUAAAGAGACUGCUGGGAACAGUCGCACUCCCAUAGAGGACCACAUUUCCUUUUCUGCCUUGCUUGCUACUGCUACUAACUUUGGAGGAAACUCUUCUAGGGGAGGAAAAAAAAAAGUCAGAUUGGAAGUAAGCUAAAAACUUCAUUAUGCAUGGCUACUUUACUGUGCUUUACUAUAGCUAAAGAAACAAUGAUCUUUUUUUUUUUUCAGAUUUUAUUUAUUUGAAAGGCAGAGAUAUCUUAAGACGAAAAUCACUUCAUGAAACAGAUGUUGGCCCCUCCCCACCCCCACCCCCACCCCAAAGCUGAGAAAUGUAACCUGUAGGGCAAAGAGCAGACAGUCCGUCUCUCUGAGUAGCUUUAGUGCACCUGCCUGCCUAGAGGCAGAACCAGGUUCAAGUGUAUACUCAGGUUCUCGCCAGCUCAGAGUGGGCUCUGAGUCCACAAAAGAGAGUGUCAGUCCCUCUAUGAAUGAAUAACCUUAAAGAAGUACACAGAGUAAAGAGUGAAAGAAUAGAAAUAAAUUAAUAUUUAAAAUAUUUUUAAGUGGGAGAGUAAGAGUCUAUUCCAUAAAUGUUUAGUGUGCCCCUCUUGGAAGUGAGCUUUCCAAACUAUGUGCUAUGAGUAGAAUUAUAGAAUUCCACCACUGUGUGAGAGUACAUUUUAUAAUAUAUUUACACACACACACACAGAGAUCAGAUAUCUAUAAUGUGUAUGUGUGUAUGUGUGUGUAAAUAUACAGAUGCAGGUAUAUCUAUAUAUAGAUCUAUAAUCCCUCUAUAUCUUGAAUCUAUAUAUAUAUCUUGAAUACAUAUCUGUUGAAUAUAUACAAAUGUCAUUUGAAUAUAUGUAUACAUGUUUGUGUGUGUGUAUGUACGUGUGUGUGUACACAUACACCAUAUUCAUAAGUUUUUGGUUAUCUCUGUUUAUGUGACCUAAUUUGAGAUCAGACCCAAACAUUUUCUUAAACCUCUGGUGCCGAUGAUGAAAUAUUUUAAGUUAUUUCAAAUUAAAUUUUCUAUGUACCAGAAUUGUUUGCUUCAUCUUAAAAAUCCUAUCAUAGCUCUCUGUACACUUUCACACAACUUGUCUAAAUGUCCAAUUACUUAUCAACCCAAACAAUAUGGUAAAAUAUGAGGCCAAGUUCUAGCCCUCCUAUAAUGUUACUCUUGGGAGCUGGACUUAAGACAACACCCUAAGGACCAUCAUUGCACAUAGUUGUAUCUCGCUUAGUAUUCUUUCACCCAAAUUAUCCCUCUUUUCUCUAGAAUAGUCCCUUUGUCAUCUGUGGUUCAAUCUGUAAAACUGUGCAUAGAGGCAGGGUACAGGGUGGUCCCCCAUGCCAUCAGCAAUAGUAGCUGUUCCUCUCUGCCUGGGAGCAGUGCUAAUAGGGUUGGCUGGGUGAGAAUGAGGCUGGUGAGAGAUGGAUGCGAAGGAGACAGCAUUUUCUCCCUUCUGAAGUAAAUUCACAAACAUCACAGGCAAAAGGUGGCUUCCUUGGUCCCAAGGCAGCCACCAGGGCUUCGGUAGGUGCCCUGCACCUGCUUUUCCUGGUUCGUGGCCCCCUUGGCUCCACCCACUCUGACUUCCAGCUUCUCAGGAUUCCAGCAGCCUCAUUUUACCCAACCCUAGGAGGAAGCACUCUUGGGUUCUAGAAGCUAGUAGAUUAAUUGCAUCAUCUUAGUUGAGGCUCAUCAAAAUCAAAUCUGCAAAGGUAGGUUUGGAGAGUGAUGGAAGCUUCUACUGUCUUUCAACACAACUCUUCAUUUUUUCCUAUAAGACAUACCUGUAAGGUAUUAUAUGCCAGUGGCCUUUGAAAGCUGAAUGGACGUCACAAAUCCAGAAUGUAACUGUUUUGGUGUGUUCUCACUGUAACAACGAAGGAAGAGCAUAGCCCAGGAAUCCACCAUUCACAAGGUGCUUCCUGGGACACGGAAAGCAGGAGAAGAAGGUAAUGUAUCCUGAACUUUGCCAAGCACAUGCCAGACUGGUUUCCUAAAGUGUUUGCCUAAUGUGCCAGAAACUCUUUCAAAGUUUUGGAUUUGAAUUUGGUUUAGGGUUGAGUUUUCACUUUUCUGUGUAAUAUUAGAUGUUUUCACUUACAUUAAAUAGAAGAAACAAAUUAAAAGGAAUAAUCAAUAUAAAGCGCUCAGCAACCCGGCAGUUAGUGAU